GUCGACGAUCUCGUAUCAUUCCGCUAUUCUCGUGCGCAUGUAAACAGCGCGUCGAUAUUUUGUGCUUGAAGUUUGAACAUCCCUUCGUGAAUCGGUCUACAGUCUAUGCCCUCUUGACAGUUACCUAGCGUUGUCGAAUCGAAUGUCGUAUUUACUUGAAUAAACAACGUUUUGCAAACAUUUAACAUUAUCAAACAAAAAAUUUGUAAAGUGCAAUAAUAAUGAUUAAAAUAAACUAGAAACUAUAAAUAAAAAAAUAAUUUUAAUCAGUUAAUUCGUCAAAACACGAAUCUGAAAAUUCCACUCAGGAACAGGUGUUUUUGAUAGAAAAGUGUGUUGCUGUUCCCAUCGUAAUUAUUUAUUUACUGUGUUGUGAAUUGUAUAAAAGUGUAUCGAUCCAGUGUAUAUAACAUUACCCUUAUAUAGUGGCGUUUUUAAUGACAUCAGUGAUAUAACUUAAUAAAGUUGUACUUUGAAAACUCGCUACCGGUUGUUACUAAACGCUAUGAAGUGUAGCUAUAGGACAGUGUUUUAUCAAAGGUGAUGAUGUUUUCCAAGGCUUUUCUAUGGUGUGCAGCGUUAUGAGGUGCAAAUUAAGGUGAAACUGAGCCGUGGCUAGCAUGCCACAUCAAUACGGCGCGGGCGCUGGUGGGCUGGGCGGGCGCCCACCAUCCCCGCCGCCGCAGCCAGGCGCCUUGUACCCGCGCUAUGCCGCAGCAGCGGGACCUGGCGCCGGCGCCUAUCGCCCCGAAGAACGCCGCCUUACUAGAGAAGCUAUGGAGAGAUAUCUCCGGGACCGAUCUGAUAUGGUUGUAGUUAUCCUGCAUGCUAAAGUAGCUCAAAAAUCCUAUGGUAAUGAGAAAAGGUUCUUUUGUCCGCCUCCCUGUAUCUAUCUCUUUGGUGAUGGAUGGAGACUGAGAAGGGAAAGAAUGCUCAGAGAAGGUGAAACUGAGCAAGCAUCACAGCUUUGUGCAUUCAUUGGCAUAGGGAACUCAGACCAGGAUAUGCAGCAGCUAGAUUUAAAUAAUGGAAAACAGUACUGUGCUGCUAAAACCUUGUACAUAUCAGAUUCAGAUAAGAGAAAACAUUUUAUGUUAUCUGUCAAAAUGUUCUAUGGCAAUGGUCAUGAUAUUGGUAUUUUUAAUAGUAAGAGAAUAAAAGUUAUUUCUAAGCCGUCUAAAAAGAAACAAUCAUUGAAGAAUGCUGAUUUAUGUAUAGCGAGUGGUACAAAAGUUGCCCUGUUUAAUAGAUUAAGGUCACAGACUGUUUCAACAAGAUACCUGCAUGUAGAGAAUGGUAAUUUUCAUGCAUCCUCUACACAGUGGGGUGCUUUUACAAUUCAUUUAUUAGAUGAUAAUGAGAGUGAAUCAGAAGAGUUUGCUGUCAGAGAUGGUUAUGUACAUUAUGGCUCAACGGUGAAACUGGUUUGUUCUGUGACAGGCAUGGCAUUGCCUAGAUUAAUAAUAAGAAAGGUAGACAAACAGAUGGCUUUGCUAGAGGCCGAUGACCCUGUCUCACAACUACAUAAAUGUGCAUUCUAUAUGAAGGACACCGAGAGGAUGUACCUUUGUUUAUCACAAGAAAGAAUCAUACAGUUUCAAGCGACUCCUUGCCCCAAAGAACCAAAUAAAGAAAUGAUUAAUGAUGGAGCCUGUUGGACCAUUAUAUCAACGGAUAAGGCGGAGUAUCAGUUUUAUGAAGGAAUGGGACCAGUAAGAUCUCCAGUAACACCAGUUCCGCUAGUCCACUCAUUGAAUCUAAAUGGUGGUGGAGACGUAGCCAUGUUAGAACUCGCCGGUGACAACUUCACGCCAUCUCUGCAGGUGUGGUUCGGAGACGUGGAAGCAGAGACAAUGUACCGAUGCGCUGAGUCCAUGCUCUGCGUAGUACCGGAUAUAUCGCAGUUCAGGGGACAGUGGCUUUGGGUGCGGCAGCCAACUCAGGUACCAGUAUCACUAGUAAGAAACGACGGGAUCAUAUAUGCCACUGGCCUUACAUUCACUUACACGCCAGAACCAGGCCCACGGCCGCUCUGUGCGCCGGUCGAUGACGUCAUGCGACCAGAACAGGCCUGGCACCAUGACACGCACAGACUACCAGACAACAUUCAAUAACACAGGAUUUCCUGAUGCUGUUCAUCCAAAGAACGUCUGCGGUGAGUGUAGUUUAGUGCCUUGGGCAUUCCAAACCGCAAGCUUAACCUGUCAAAUGUGACAUUGACAUUUUGAUUGUCAAUUGUUUGUGACGUAUUGGAAUAACCUAAGGCUACUGUCAAGUUUGAAGGCUGGAAGCUAGCUUAUCCACUUAAUAAAACCGAUUUCAAUACAGUGGGGCUAUGACAAAAUCACUUUUAACAGACUAAAGUGACCCACUAACGCCAAAUGAAUUUGUAUGAAAAACCUGACAAAUUGUGAGAAAAUGUCAUUGCCAUAUAUGAAAUGUUUAUUUUGACAGUUUGAAAAAAUGUAAAUAUACCGUUGCUUUACAUAUACUAAGGCAAAGGUGUAA